AUGGAUGACUCGCCAUGGGGUGAUGUUCCCUCUCAAUCGCAGUCAGAUAACCCACAAGAACUCGGUAGCUCAGCCAAACCGAAUGACACCCCGUCGUCCGCGAAACAGACCCCGUCCUCCGGCCCGCGGCCCCCUUCGUCUCGAAAGAUCCCGGCUCGCAAGAUCGAAGUCCAACCGACCAAGCUCGAAGCCGUGGAUGAUUCCCUCGAUCCUCUUGGUCCCUUGGGCGCAGACCCAGCUCCAGCCCCGUCAUCCGUAUCUGUAGACCAAGCACCAACUCCGCCGAGGAAAGAACUCACAGCCAGAGUCAAUCGACAACCUUCUGCGACCUCUCCUGGUUUCGCCGGUUCGGAAUAUGAAGACACCACGCUUCCUCUGGGGAGACCCAAGGGUCCGCCUCCGGUCCAGCCACAGACCAGCGCUCCUGCAGCCCGACAAACCCCUUCUAGCGUGAGCGUGGAACAAGCGGCGAAACCGAGCUUCGAGAUUUCGGUGGGCGACCCGCACAAGGUCGGGGAUUUAACCAGCAGUCACAUUGUGUACCAAGUCCGCACAAAGACAACGUCAAAAGCAUAUAAACAGCCCGAAUUUGCCGUAUCACGUCGGUAUCGGGAUUUCCUUUGGCUCUACAACGCAUUGCACAACAACAACCCCGGUGUGGUCGUCCCUCCCCCGCCCGAAAAACAAGCCGUGGGUAGGUUCGACAGCGAGUUUAUCGAGUCAAGACGUCAGGCUUUGGAGCGAAUGCUCAACAAGAUUGCCGCUCAUCCGAUCCUCCAUCACGAUGCCGAUCUCAAGAUCUUCUUGGAAAGCGAGGCCUUUAACAUUGAUGUCAAGAACAAGGAAAACCGGGAACCAGACCUGGGUCAAAAUAAGGGAAUGCUGAGUGCUAUCGGGAUCAACGUGGGUUCGUCGAGCGGCAAAUUCGUCGAGCACGAUGAUUGGUUCCAUGACCGCAGAGUCUACCUUGACGCUCUAGAAAACCAGUUGAAGGCACUAAUGAAGGCCGUCGACACUGUCGUUGACCAAAGGAAGGGUCUUGCCGCCGCUGCCGGAGAGUUCGCCGCGUCGGUCAAUAGCCUCGCCCAAGUUGACCUCUCUCCCGCAUUCUCCGGUCCUUUACAGGGGUUGUCGGAUGUGCAGAUGAGGAUCCGAGAGCUCUAUGAAAGACAAGCACAACAAGAUGUCUUGACCCUGGGCAUUACCGUGGAUGAGUAUAUUAGACUUAUUGGCAGUGUUAAGCAAGCUUUUUCACAGCGGCAGAAGGCAUUCCAUGCAUGGCAUGCCGCAGAGAGCGAGUUGGCCAAGCGACGAAGUGCCCACGAGAAGCUCCUGAGGCAGGGUAAAAGCCAACAAGACAAGCUGAACGAGGUUGGUGCCAGUGUUAGCGACGCGGAGAAGAAAGCCCACCAAGCUCGAUUAUUGUUUGAAGACAUGGGCCGACUAAUGAGGGGUGAACUGGAAAGAUUUGAGCGGGAAAAGGUGGAAGAUUUCAAGAGUGGCGUAGAGACGUUCCUAGAGGGUGCCGUUGAAGCUCAGAAAGAGCUGAUCGAACUCUGGGAAACGUUCCUGCUCCAAAUGGAUGCCGAAGACGAGGCUCCUUUGAAGGGUCAGCCGGCGUCAGGCGAUCCAGCGAUAUCGGAACAUCCUGGACCAACAGGGCAGGCUGGCGAAGGCGAGACUGGCGAGUCUCAUGAAAGCGCAGCGCCGGCCACGGCAACAGACGUCGCUCUCGAGCAAGAUGCCUAG